AUGGGAAACAACCCCUCCAAAAGCCCGCCAGAAGAGCUGGCAACUCCCACACCGGGCGCUCACAACUCCUCUGGCAAUGAGCGAAAAGUCAACAGGCGGAGGUCCAUCAAUGCGCUCUCCGGCACAAAAGCAACCGCUGCCGACCCGUCGGCUUCCAGGGAAAGCGCUACGGGCCAGUCCGCGUCUCACAGACAGCCUCCAGUGCAGCAGCGUCUCCAGUCGCGCAACGUGCCCAGCACAGCUCAACGCGUCCAAGAGCUUCCAGAGAGACCCAGUGGAAGAAGACCAGAUGGCCGGUAUCAUCCCUCGGCUGCUGUCGAAACCUCGAGUCCCGUACAAGUGCCUUCGACAUCCGGCCGGCCGACUACUAAGCGGGAUGCUGGAUAUGCGCCAACAGCCCCGUCAGCUAAUCCAUUAAACACAUACUAUGGAUCGUCUCACCUUCAACGCCCACCUCGUUUGCCUCUGCCUAUUGGGGAUGCAACCGCCACCCCGGGCUCGCCAAUUAUCGCUCCGGUAGACCUGCAGACCGACACAGUGCCUUAUGAAGACCUAGAUAACCAGGUUCCUCGAGCUUCGAUCUCAUUAGAUGACCCCCAUGUAGAUGAGGAUGAAGUAGAAGAUGAGCUGCAGUCAUAUGCCAUGGUCGGACCCGGCAAAGCCGUACCAACCAUCAUCGAAUGGAAAGCAGCUGGAGAGCGGGUCUAUGUGACCGGCACAUUCGUGAAUUGGGAAAAGAAAUUUAGGCUACACAAGAGUGAAACGGAACCGGGCAUCAUGUCUACCACCUUGCAUCUUCGACCGGGAACCCACCAUCUCAAGUUCAUCGUUGAUGGAGACAUGAGGGCGUCGGAAAAUCUCCCUACCGCUGUUGAUUUCACGAAUCAUCUUGUCAAUUACAUUGAAGUCGUUGCAGAUGAAACCCAGGGCCAGAGGUCACGUCGCGAGAGUGACCGGGCUAUGAAAGCCUUGGUGCCCCCUGGCGUCCACCCACCUCAGGUGCUACCCGAUACGAUAAGAAGCAAGUCAACACAAGACAACAUUUAUGCCUCAGACGAGGAAGGGGAAGAGCCGGAGGAGGAGAUCCCUGUAGGCGACUUCCGUCAUACCCUUCCGCAGUUCCUUGUAGAUAUCGACAGAGAAGAUGAAGGGGCCGAGUAUCAAAGGGCCGCAAAUGUCAUAGCCGACACCUCCACGCCGCCAACUCUUCCUCUCUUUUUGGGACGGUCGAUUUUGAACGGCACGACCCCUAUGAAAGACGACAAUAGUGUUUUGAACUAUCCGAACCACACAGUCUUGAACCAUCUUGCGACGAGCAGCAUAAAAAACGGAGUGUUAGCCACCAGUGUAACUACUCGAUACAAACGAAAGUAUGUCACUACUAUUCUAUACAAACCGACACCAGAUGCAGUAGAAUAA